AUGUAUGCGGAUCGAAAGGUUCGGGAGUUAGAGUUUAUGGAGGAUGAGCAGGUUCUUUUGAAGAUUUCACCCAUGAAGGGUGUUAUGCGAUUUGGGAAGAGGGGCAACGAGAGCCGGAGGUACCUUAGCACAUUUGAGGUUCUCCAUCGAGUUGGAGAGGUUGCUUAUGAGUUGGCUUUGCCACCAAGCUUGUCAGGUGUUCCUCCAGUUUUCCACGUGUCCAUGUUGAAAGAGUACCAUUCUGAUGGUUCAUAUAUCGUUCAUUGGGAUUCUGUGUUGCUUGAUAAAAAUCUGUCGUACAAGGAGGAGCCUAUAGCGAUUCUAGAUAGGCAGGUUAGGAAGCUAAGGUCUAAAGAGAUUGCUUCUGUUAAAAUUUAA